AAAUCAACACGUGACCCUGACGUACGCAGGAAGUAUUUCAAGCAAUAGCGUGGCCAUUUGUUUACAUCCGACCUCGGCCAGGAAUUAGCCUUUUGCCAUUAAAAGUGUCCAUUUCUUCAGAAUGCAAACAUCAUAAUAACAUUCCACGCAACGCCGACAUUGCGGUUUCAUGUGCACUGGCUGUGUUUACGGCUUCAACGGCAGCCCCGCUAUUGUGGCUGGACAUGCUAAUAGCGCCGUGCUAGCUCCUUACUGGCAAAGGAGAUAACCCGAAAAGGAUGUAACCUGGCACAAGCAACGCCAAGACAGGAACUUGGACGAUGUUAAAAAGCCAUACAGGUCCUGUUGCACCAUGGCAUUGUCUGAGCUUCACUGGGACCAGGAUGCCUCCCUCCCCAGGCUGGGUCCGGUCCAGGCUAAAGUGACCGUGGGCAUGGUGGCACUGCUGUGCUUCAUCAACAGCUACGACGGGGAGUUUGUGUUUGACGAUUCAGAAGCCAUCGUCAACAACAAGGAUUUGAGAGCAGCAACGCCAUGGAGCAACAUCUGGAGUAAUGAUUUCUGGGGAAGCAACCUGAGCAGCAACUCCAGUCAUAAAUCCUACAGACCUCUCACUGUCUUUACAUUUAGGUUGAACUACUUAUUAGGGGGCGGUCUGCACCCUGUUGGCUUCCACGUGCUGAACAUCCUCCUCCAUGCCGUCAUAUCCGUCCUCAUGGUGGACGUGUUCGCCCUGCUGUUAGGUGGAAUAGCUCAGGACGAGAGCAGUUGCGCCCUGAACCGUGCUCCCAAGACGUCCCUGCUGGCCGCGCUCCUCUUCGCCACGCACCCGGUCCAUACGGAAAGUGUGGCGGGCGUCGUCGGUCGAGCGGACCUGCUGUGUGCGCUCUUCUUCCAGCUUUCCUUCCUCACCUACUGCAAAGCCUUCAACACAGGUGUGGACAAAGCUGGCGGCUUCUCCAUGCGUUGGAUUGUGGUCAGCCUCUCUCUGUGUGCCGCCGCCAUGCUUUGUAAAGAGCAAGGCAUCACCGUCUUGGGUGUAAACGCAGCUUUUGACGUCCUGGUCAUCUGUAAUGUUGACGUGUAUGAACUGAGCCAGAGGCUACUCCUCAGGAAGACCCCACUUGAUGCACGCCACAUGCUGCGGAGCGGCCUGCUGUCGCGAUUGGCCCUGCUGGCUCUGGGAGGCCUCCUCAUGCUCUACGCCCGCUGGAGGAUCAUGGGAACUGGGCCGCCGGCGUUCACUGAAGUGGACAACCCCGCCUCGUUUGCGGAGAGCGUCUUUCUGAGAGUGGUCAACUAUAAUUACUACUACGCCCUGAAUGGCUGGCUGCUGCUGUGUCCCUGGUGGCUGUGCUUCGAUUGGUCCAUGGGCUGCGUGCCGCUCAUUAAGGCCGCCGACGAUUGGAGGAUGGUGUGGCCGCUGCUUCUCUGGUGCAUCUUGAUAGGCUUGGUAGCCCAAGCCUUGUCCUCACCCGACAGGCAGCGGAGGAGGACUCUGAGUUUGUCCCUGGUGCUGCUGGUGGUCCCCUUUCUGCCGGCCUGCAACAUCUUCUUCAGGGUGGGCUUUGUCAUUGCCGAGCGAGUGCUCUACCUGCCCUCCUCCGGCUACUGCCUUUUGCUGGCCAGCGCCCUGGGACACUGCUGCCACCGCUGGGCUAAUUGCAAGAAGCUGCUGUGCGUCUCCAUGCUGGCCUUGUUGUUCACUUUUGUAGCUCGCUGCGCUCUCCGCAGUCACCAGUGGCGAUCCGAGCAAAGCCUAUUCACCAGCGCACUGGCCAUCUGCCCCCUUAAUGCCAAGGUCCAUUACAACGUGGGGAAGAACCUGGCUGACAGAGGCAACGCCACAGCUGCCAUUAGCUUCUACAGAGAGGCCGUCAGGCUUCAUCCCACCUACGUGCACGCCAUGAACAACCUGGGCAACAUCCUGAAGGAGAGGAACGAGCUGACUGAGGCUGAACAGCUGCUGUACAAAGCCGUUUCCAUCCAACCGGAUUUUGCAGCAGCUUGGAUGAAUCUGGGCAUCGUGCAGAACAGCCUGAGCAAGUUUGAGCAAGCGGAGAAGAGCUACUGGAACGCCAUCCGCUUCCGGAAGAAGUACCCAGACUGCUACUACAACUUGGGACGCCUGUAUGCAGACCAGCAGAGACACGUGGACGCUCUGAACGCAUGGAAAAAUGCAACCGUGCUUAAGCCUGACCACAGCCUAGCGUGGAACAACAUGGUCAUCCUACUGGAUAACAUUGGUAACCUGGGUCAGGCGGAGCUGAUUGGCCGUGAGGCUCUGAGGCUCCUCCCAAACGACCACACCAUAAUGUUCUCUCUGGCCAACGUCCUGGGAAAGCUGGAGAAGUACAAGGAGUCAGAGGGCUUCUUCCUCCGCGCGCUCCGCAUCAACCCAAAUGCAGCUGGUUGCCAUGGAAAUUUAGCCGUGCUGUACCAUCGCUGGGGAAAGCUGGAGCUGGCGCAGAAGCACUACGAGCUGUCUCUCAAGUUGGACCCCCAAUCCCCGGGGACGCGGGACAACUACAACAUGCUGCGGCGCAAACUGGACCAGCGCAAACGCCACGCGCCCUGAGGGUUAACCCGCUGCCACCAUCAAACACUUUCCUCCACACUCCCUUCACUGACACCACACAAGGCCGCCGCACUGUUUGUAGCCGCCCUCGCGUCUGAGGUCUCGUAAUUACAUUUCACGUCUCGCUACGGCGCAGGUGUGAGCGGGACACCCGGUCGUUCACGCCGUCUUCAGUUUUUGUUGUUGCCCCGUUUGAAGACCAUGUGGAACUCGUCGGACUCCGCACGCUGUUGUCUCAGCUGGAACUAGAAAGAAUUCUUCUUGUCGGGUUUAUUUGGGCUGACCUUUCACCUCCGUGUCAAACAUGUUCCUCUUUUAUCGUCCUCAUGGCUACAAUGUGACGGAUGGAUUGACUUCCACCAGAAGAACGCAGUACUUACUUGAUGUUCUUUACACGGGACACAAUUUUAUGUGGAUCACCUUCAGUGUGUUAGUCAGUCAAAAUGUGUCUUGGUAACUGGAAGAGACAACAAUGUGUCUUUCUUCCAUUUUGAUGAAGGUUUUUUUCCUAUUUCAUUUCAAUAACAGUUUAAUUAUUUUUAACUACAGUAUCAAUUAAAUUAUUUCAUAUUUUUUUAUUUCUUAGCUAUGUAAAAACUGCAGAUUUUCACAAAACUAUUAAAAACAUUGGCAACUUCACCAAGGAAGAACCUGGAAAACACCUGGUGAAGAUUGGAAUAAACAUGCAAUUUGAUUAUUUUAUUUGAA